GCGCCGGCUGAGAGUCCUCUGCGAGCCGCUUCUGCGGCGGGUCCACAGCAGCUCUGACAGUCGCGGCGCAGGCACCGGACCCCUACCAGCCCCACGCAGCCACCGCAACCUCCGGCUCGUCCCACCAUCUCUCCCGACCCUGCGGAACCGCAUCUGGGCACUACCCCGGCCGCUCUGGAGCCCGCGCCCGCCCUGGCCCGGCCGCGCCGGGAGCCCGGCCCCGAGCUGGAGCCGCAUCUGGAGCCGCGGGCCCGGGGCCCUGAGCCACGCAGCCGGCGCAUGGUCAACUCGCUGCUGUUCGGGGAGAUGGCCUUGGCCUUCGGCUGCCCGCCGGGGGGCGGCGGCUGCGCAAGCGGCGGCGGUGGUGGCGGGGCCGGGCCCGGGCCCUCGCCCGUAACGGCGGCACUGCGGGACGAUCUGGGCUCUAACAUCCACCUCCUCAAGGGGCUCAACGUGCGUUUCCGCUGCUUCUUGGCCAAGGUGCACGAGCUGGAGCGGCGCAAUCGGCUCCUAGAGAAACAGCUGGAGCAGCAGCAGAGCGAGCGCGAUCGGCGGCUGCGCUACAAGACCUUCUCCCGCGAGCAGGCCGUGCAGACCGGGCCGGAGCUGCUGCGGCCGCCGGCUGCGGGCGGCGGGCAGGCCCUUGGCGCGGCCACCGGCGUCAACGCCAACGCGGUGGCCCUGGGCGGCCUGCCCCCCGGUGGCGGCUCGCACCCGCAGCACUACGGUCGCCUGCCCGGGACCAUCUGGAGCUACACUCAGGUGCGGCGCACGGGAGGCGGCGGCGUGGAAACGGUUCAGGGCCCCGGCGUGUCCUGGGUGCACCCGGACGGCGUAGGCGUGCAGAUUGACACCAUCACGCCAGAGAUCCGCGCUCUCUACAACGUGCUGGCCAAGGUGAAGCGCGAGCGUGACGAGUACAAACGGAGGUGGGAGGAAGAGCUGGCCAAAUGUAUGAACCUUCAGACCAUGGUGGACACGCUGCAGGAGGCAGCACAAGAAGCCGAGGCCAUCCAGGAGGAGAUGAACGAGAAGAUCGAACGGCUCAAGGCUGAGCUGGUGGUGUUCAAAGGGCUCAUGAGUGACCCCAUGACAGACCUGGACACAAAGAUCCAAGAAAAGGCUAUGAAGGUGGACAUGGACAUCUGCCGCCGGAUCGAUAUCACGGCUAAGCUGUGCGAUGUCGCACAGCAGCGGAACUCGGAAGACGUGUCCAAGAUCUUCCAGGUGGUCCCCAAGAAGAAAGAUCGUAAGGUGGCUUCAGAUGAUGACAUCUCCGAGCAGGAUGGGGAGGUGAAUCGGUUCUCAGAUGAGGAGGUCGGCUCCAUGAAUAUCACGGAUGAGAUGAAACGCAUGUUUAACCAGCUGCGGGAGACCUUUGAUUUUGACGACGACUGUGACAGCCUGACGUGGGAGGAGAAUGAAGACACAUUGCUGCUAUGGGAGGAUUUCACCAACUGUAACCCAACCAUUGACCUGCAGGGCGAGCAAGAAGAAAACUUGGGCAACUUGAUCCAUGAGACCGAGUCCUUCUUCAAGACCAGAGACAAGGAGUACCAGGAGACGAUUGGCCAGAUUGAGCUGGAACUGGCCACAGCCAAGAGCGACAUGAACCGGCACCUGCAUGAGUAUAUGGAGAUGUGCAGCAUGAAGCGAGGCUUGGACGUGCAGAUGGAGACCUGCCGUCGACUCAUCAAAGGUUCUGCAGACAGGAAUUCACCGUCUCCCAGCUCUGUGGCCAGCAGUGACUCAGGAAGUACAGAUGAGAUCCAGGAUGACCUGGAGCGGGAGGCGGAUGUGGAGCCCAUGGUCAGCUGAUGACGGAGGCCCGACGCUCCUGGUGGUCUUGGUGAUGGGGCCCAGCCUCCUCUCCCCACUGAGCCAUGAGGGCUCCUCGACUUGGGCUCCAGUCCUCGACACACAGACUUCUGUCCUCCCUUCUCCGGAGGCCCAGCGGGACCGCUGCUUCCUUCCUUCCUCCACCACCCACCCAUGGAAUGGUGCUGUCGACUUUUCUAUUGUCCCCCCCACACCACAAACGCAGACUUCUGUGCGUCGAUGCAGUGCAACUGUGCCUUCUCCCUUAAGCUGAGCCACUUUGAGCUCCAAAGAAUUCUUCCUAGCAGGUGUUUUUUUAUACAAAACUAAGGUGAGGGUGGGGCCUGGGGGCGUGGUAUCUUUUGGUUUCUCCCUCCCACCUGCUCCUCUGAUUGGACAUGAGCUUUGCUCCCUCCCUCUGUCCCAAGAUGACUUGCGGGAAUCUGCCUUCCCGAGGAAGGAGACUAUUUACCUCCAGGUCUGGGUGAGGAAGAGUCCACAAUCCUUUCUCACCCACCGAGACAGCGAUGGGUGGAAGUGGAGGGAGGGAAGACCAAUUUUUUUUCCUUCUUUUGGAUCUAGUGGCGAUGUGUGGGGAAAGGCACUGUGGGGGAAGGAAGAGCCUCACUGUGUUUAAACUAUGCAAAAAAAAAAAAAACCACACAAAAAAACAAAAACUAAAAGCAGCUUGCCUUAUAUCACUGGGGAAGGCAGGUCCUCUCUCAGACUUCUGGGAACUGGGAGGGAGGCCAAGGUUAGCAUGAGACCCUCAUAGCCUCUGAGGGUGAGCGGUGGAUUUGGGGGUGAUUCCAGUCAGAUUGCUGGUGAGGCCUGCAUGCAAUUCUGCAAGCCGGCCCACUGGAUGGCUGGCUUUCUUGGGGACCUCUGUGGGGUGGGGUGGGUGGGCUGGUGGUCUUUUAUUCUCCUGAUGACUUGAUGUUCUUUCCCGCUUCUCCAGUCACCUGCCAGGUUCCACGGUUGUAAUUUCUCUGUGAGAAAGUAUGAACAGGUCAGGCCUGGUAUCUACUCUGACCCCCACGGCACCGUCUUGGUCCUCCGUUGUCCCUCUGGCUGGGGAAAAAAAGCUUUGUGAGGGAAGAGGGGGUCAGGUGGCGAGGCAGCUGGCGGUGGCUGGAGAGAAGCCUCAAGUGAGGACCGUCCUCAUUCAUACCUGCUUUCCAUACCCACUUGGCUGGACGCUGAGCCAGUGAUUCCCCACGGCUCUACCGGGCCUGAGUUAAGGGGCCAUAAAGUAGAGCAUCCGUCUAGUCUCAGCUGAGGACUCGCCUAGCAACGAUCAGAUUUCGUUUUUAUUUCUUUCCUUAUUUUUGUGUCCACUCUAGUGGUUUUGAUGGCCUAUGUUGUUUUUUAUUGACCCAGAGGCUCCCCCUGGAGGUCAAAGGAACAAAAUGUCCCCAGGGAUCAGAACCCGUGGCCCUCUGAGGCAUGUGUGUGAAAGGGCAGAGGACUCCGGAGCCAUACCGACCCUCCUCUGCAUCCUUUCGUUUCUCUCUGUGUGGUCCCAUCACCUGUUUUGCAUUUAGAACCAGUGUACAUAGUAGGCUUAUGUAUGGACAGAGAGGAGAGAGAAUGUGUUUGUUGGUGACUAAUGUAAUUUAUCAGAAUUUGGUGGCCUUUCUCUUGUGUGUUUUCCAUGGUGUGGGGAGGGGUUUCCCACUGGUCCCAUGCAGCCUAUCUGCAGGGGUUCACGUAUCAUCUCUUGAUGUCCAAACAGUCCCUUCUGGCAGGUACUUGGAGGGACAAUAGUUUGGGAUGAGACAUAGCCCCUGUUCUCACCCUCCCACCCUUUCUUGCCAACCCCUCCCCCCCUUUUUUAAAGGUUACAGGGUUCACUCGCUUCUGGUUAUUAUUAUUGUGUGUUAUUGAUAUUAUUGUUUUGUUUUUAUUUUAACCAAAGGGUAUCAGAGCCAGAUGGGUCUGAACCUUAGCUGCUGUAAAGAUUUCCGUUUCUAUGAGGGCAGGAAGAUGGCUGCCCUCGUGGGUCUCCUUGGCUGAGGCUGGGGAAGGCGUCCAUCCAGCGAUAAAGAGAUAGAGACUGGGAGUGUGGCAGGCAGAGUAGAAGCCGGCCCCAAGUCUCGUUCUUCAAGGUGGUGGUGGGCUGACACAUAGCUCUAGUGUUAAGACAGUAAGCAACAGUAUAAACAUUUGUGGUGAUGGGGAAGUUGGUGUUCUGUGGUGUUAUUUUAUUUCCCAACUGUAUACAUAGGUCAUUUGUCCAGGGUGUUUGAGAAAGGCAGGCUCCUGUGGCUUCCUUCUUCCUGACUUUCAAAGUCUGCUUUCCCCUGGGGGUUGAGGCUCUGAGGCAGGAGGAUGAGGGGAGCGGAGCAAAGAUGUGGUAGGCCUGCGUCCUGGCUGGGUCUGGGCUCUGGGCCUGGCCUCCUCUUUGUGUUUGUUUUGAUUUGUUCGUUUCUUAGUUCGUUGCCAGUGGGUCCUGCUUGUGCCCCCACAGCCUGCCGCUCACUGGGGCAGCGCCUGCCCCGUCUGGACGAACUCGUCCAUCCUUGUGAACAUGUGCAUACUUCCUCUUGACUUUUCUAUUUCUGAGCCCAGUGUCAUAUUGACACUGGUGGUUCAGGGCUUCUCAGAUGGGCUCCCCGUGUUGCCCCUGGUCAUGUUCCUAGUUUGGGGGUCACAUACACAGGCCCAGCAGGGAGACAGCAUCCUUUCAGGUCCCUGGUUGGUCAUGAAAUACACACAUGCGCGCGCGCGCACGCGCACACACACACACACACACACACACACACACUCCACUCUGACUCCAAAGGAGAAAGGUGGGGAGGAGGUCUCAUCUCCCUGUGUCUGGAAGGCGCGUCCACCUAGGACUCUGUUCUGUGGGUAGAACUCAGCCGUCCUACGGAGUGUCAAACCACUUUGACUUUUAGGGUGGGGAUGGGUUAAGGGAUAAGAUAAGGUGUAACUUAAGCUAAAUGUAUUCUAUUUAUAAAGCAAGAGACUGUAUUUUUAUGAAAGGAAAAGGUUUUUAAUCUAGGGUAGGCCGUCAUGGUGGCACAGCAUUUUGCUGUGGCUAAGAUACCGUCCUGCUCAUUGACUCCCGUGUGUGCUCAUCAGUCACCCCUCUCCUCAGCUCGCCUUCCAUCGUCAGCAACAUCUGCACACAGCUGGGGCAGGAAUAUGUUGUCCUUUCCCAGCCCUCGGCUCCUCAGAAGUCUUGGAAGGAAACUGGGGUGGGGAGGGCGGGUGGACUGCAGAAAACUGAGGUGAGGGAGAGUGCUUCAGAGGUAGGUUCUGAUUAGUCACCCCAAGUCCCCUCUGGCCAGACCUGCUCCCAUUCAGCUGUGUGGAGAGAGUAGGAGGGAAGUUCUGUGGGGCUGGGGAACACAGGACUCCUUUGGGGCUGAGGGGCUUACUAUGUGUGAAGUUGUCAGGCAGCUGGAGCAGGCACAGAAGGGACCCCGAUGCUCAGAGCUCAGCCCUGUCUGUGUCUACUCCAGGUCAAGGUCGAGCUUGGUUUUAGAUGAAGGACCAGGAAACUGGAGGCUCCCCUCAGACAUACAGUCUCUCUGGGAAGGGAUUUCCAGGCUCAGCGUGGGCUGUGUGUGAGUCUCAGGCAAAUGCCUCACCUUUCCAGUUCCUUCCCAAGCCCGGAAGAGAUGUGAAUUCCCCACCAUGACCUGACCCCUUUCCGCACAUUGUAGCAUCUACCUGGUUUUUAGUCCCACCCUACCCACCGUUGCUGUGUCUGUCAGCUGGGUCUGAAAAUCACCGGGAGGGGUUUGUACUCAUAAAAAGACUACUGACCCUACCAGAAAACCAACCUGUUUACUGUACUGUUGUAAAUACUGUGCCCUUUAUAUCCUGUAUAUUGGCUUCUUUGGAAUAAAGUAAAAUGUCUUAGAACA